AUGAGUCAACAACAACAUCAAGAACGGUUGAAUCAUCUCAUUCUCGCUUGCUAUGAUACAAAGAAUACGGCCAUGAAGAAUACAAGACGAUUGGUUCAUAGUAGUUGUGGGAUGAGAGAAGACUCACCACCAUUGAUGAGAUCUGAAACUCCUCAGCUCGGACUGAGUUUUCCGACGUGUACCAGACAAUCCAUGGAACAAGUAAAAAGAAAACAAAAGAAAAAUAAGGUAGAGAGAGAAUCAAGUGCUACCAUGAUAGAGAUGACAAAGAUACCAGUUUCUGUAAAUAGUGUUCCACUUCAUCAUUCCAAGAUUAAUAACCCGCUCAAGGAUAGCAUCGGAUUUAAUGCUGUGAAGCCUCAAGUGGGAAGUGACGAAUCUGGUUUAAAACAACUAGGUAUUACCAACUCAUUGGUAAAGAAAAUUUGGGACAACACUCUUAAAUAUAUCGAAAAUGAGCUAAUUUCAGGAAAACCGGUUGAAAUUCCUAAUCUAGGUCUAUUAACUUUCAACACUGAGACACAAGAUUGCGGUACCUAUUCACGCAAGCAUCAAACCCCAGUUUUUAUUCUUUCAGAGCACUUUCAAAAAAGGUACAGCAUUUCUACAUUAAAGGUACCACUUAAUGACGGGAAGAGAAAGAUGAAUGUGGCACAGAUUGCAACAAAUGUAAAUGCUUCCAAAAAUGUUGUCAAAGCUGUUAUAGAGUCGAUUGUUAAAAAUAUUGGACAAAAAGCAAGUGAAGCAACUAAGAAGGAAUAUUCUGUAAAUUUAAAAGUUUGCAAACUGUUAUUCAAAGGAAAGCAUUGUCACCCUAAAUGGGAUGCAACUUUUUUGCAAAAUAUUGAGAAGAACUUGACCAAAACUUUGCUUUCUACAGAGGUGACCGCUCCUCCAAGAGGCCAAUAUGAAAGUGCUCGAAGAACGAAGAAAUUGAUUGAAGAACUAGGACUCAGCAUACGAGCACCAACUCCAGCGUUGGAUCAUUCGUCACCUUGUAAUAGUGCAAACCUUUCCACUAAAUCUAAUUUUUCAACAAUAUCGCUAGGUCCACCCUACGACGUUGAUAAGAUUACCAGCGUCUCCUCAGAAGAUUUUAAGCAUGUUAGUCCUACCCACAGUGCUAAAGAAUUACAAACGAGAAAGAAGUUUGGAAAAGACUCACUAUCGAACAAGGUUGGUCAAUCGCUCGAUCAGGUUUACGUUCCAGAUCCCAACCGAUCCCUCCUUAAACAAAGACCAUCAACACCCUUCGAAGUGGACAAGGACAAAGAAGAGGAUGUAAGAAUUGGGUUAAAAAAUUUACUUAUUGACAAACACAACAAAAAGGAAGUUACACACUUCAACCACGAAAAGGAGAAGUUUUACAAUGAAUGGGUAUCUCAAAAAGAAAAAGAACUGGACGAUUCAUUCAAACAGGAUUCUGUAAACAACACAAACGCAGUCCACAACUAUAACCUGAACGCUGCUAGAGAGAAAAAGAAGGCAGAAAAGGAGGCACAGGAAAAGACCUCUCACUUAGACAACAUGCAUUCGUUACAUACAUCUCUUGUAGAAACUUUCAAGAACGAAAGAAACAAAAAGGAUACAUAUGCUAGAGAAUUGGCUAACCAUCAUCAAAAGCAAGAGAAGCUGGACGAGGCUCCUCUUCCAGAUUUUGAUAACUCUAUCUUUAUGAAAAACUCAUAUGACCACAAAACAGACCCUGCAUACUGGAAACAACGACGAGAAAAUCAAAAGAAAUUUUACGAUUCUCUGCAAAAUCAAGUCCUCGAAAAAAAAGAAUUGGAUAAGCAAUACGAGCUGGAGAGUUUAAGAAAUUCAAAUCAAGUCAUUGUCAAGGGCUCCGAUGAUGAUUACAAGAAACGGCAAGAGCAAUAUAAAAGCAAAGCACGAGAUGAAUUUAAGGAGUUCAUUACCUCAAAAGAAAAUGAAAUUAAGCGAUUACGAGAAAUUGGUUUAGAGAGAAGCAGAGAAGAGGCACGGCAACAAGCAAAACUGCUACAAUCCAUCAUUGGUAAUAAUAAUUCACGACAUGAGGUUCAAAAUGCAACUAGAAAUUCCUUGAAUAGGCAAGUUUAUGAAAAAGAAAUGGAACAAGAGCAAAGUAGAACGCUCGAAAAAUCCUACUUGAACAAUAGUAGCAUGUUUUAA